GUUAAUUAGGUGAUGACCAUUCAAAGCAGUUCUCAAACUUGGCGUCAUGGCUUAUGCUUUUUGCAUCAUUUGUUUAUUACCCUUAUUACGACAAAAUUCCCAUGCAGUUUCAUAUUCGUUACACUUUUCGUCUAUGGCAUAAAUCAGUUGAGCAAUGCUCUUAUCCUAUGAACGUAUAUUCAACUCUAUCAGUGUGGAAAAUUUGUCCAUCCAAAACUUGGAACGUUCAAUACGAGUGGCUGACGGGCGUGACGAAGUAACCUAAGCAAAAUUCUGUACGCUUCCCUGUUUUUUGAAUCUUAUGUAUGUAUAUAUAUUCAACUAAAAGUCUCGAUUUCUCCAACCAGAACUGGGAACGUUCAACACGUGUGGCUUACACAGCACAGCAGUGGUUGAAGGGUGUGAAGAAGCAAUCUCAGAACGUACCGGUACGUUGCUGUUUUCCUUGUUUUUUCUUUCCUUUUCUUUUCCAGUUCUAUGUCAAUGAUAGCAGCUUUAAUUUUCUUUAUCUUUGGUAAUCCUAUCCAAAUUUCAGUUUCCUUUUAAUUGGAUUGUUUUUGCCUGUGGAAUUGAUUAUUGCCCGUCUGUGUUUUUCCUUCCCCAGAUUGCACUUGCAGUUUUCUAAAAUGACAAGCUCCAAUCCAUGGUCGUUACUUUUGGUUGGAAUUUUGGUGACACUAAGUUUACAACAUUCACAAGCCUUUCGGAGACAUGAAAAUAAGAUAAAAACUGCUGUUUUUCUAUCACCUAAGUUUGUGCUGGGACCAGGAUCAGUGGAAAAUAGAUUAUAUUACAAUCUUGAAUUUCCAAAAGGUCAUAUUGCCUUGAAAAGUUUCAAUGCAGAACUGAUUGAUGAGGCAGGGAAUCCUGUUCCCCUUCAUGAGACUUAUCUCCAUCAUUGGACUGUUUCAAGAUACUAUGACCUUAAGUCUAAUGAAAAUAAAACACCUAACAUGUCAGAUUUUAUUUCUGGGAGAAAUAGUGGGAUUUGUCAGGAUGGUGCUCUUGAUCAGUUCUUUGGCCUUGGGUCUGAGACACGAAAAACCGCAACUCAUAUUCCCGAUCCAUAUGGAAUAGAAGUUGGUAAUCCUGCUGACGUUCCUUCUGGGUUUGAGGAGAGAUGGAUGUUUAACAUUCAUGCAAUUGAUACAAGGGGUGUGGAAGAUAGAUGGGGAUGUACCGAAUGCAGGUGUGAUCUGUAUAAUGUUACAAAGGAUCAAUCUGGAAACCCUUUGAGCCCAGACUACAAAGGGGGUUUGUUAUGUUGCUAUGAUCGUACACAAUGCAGGUUGAAACAAGGGUUUAAGGGCAUCAGAAGAGCCCUUUACCUUCGAUACACUGUGAAGUGGGUCGAUAUGGAAAGCUCUGUUGUGCCUGUUAAAAUUUAUAUAUUUGACAUCGCCGAUGGUUGGAAAAGGUCUGCUAAUUCAACAGGGAUUAAUGCAGAGCACUCUUGCAAGGUGGAAUAUGACGUUGAAUCUUGCCAUGCUACUGGAUUGGCUGGGGAUGGGUGCCUUGACGCCAAAAGGAUAAGCCUUGACAUGCCAUUUGGUGGUUAUGUCAUUUAUGGUGUUGCACACCAGCAUGCAGGGGGCUCUGGUUCUGCUCUCUAUAGAGAGGAUGGCCAACUACUUUGUUCUUCAAUACCGACUUAUGGGAAGGGGCAUGAAGCAGGAAAUGAAGCUGGUUAUGUUGUAGGAAUGUCCACCUGCUAUCCUCAACCAGGAACUGUCAAGAUAUCUAAGGGGGAGACUCUGAUUCUGGAAUCUAAUUACAGUAGUUUCAGAUAUCAUACAGGAGUCAUGGGGCUAUUCUACAUUUUGGUUGCCGAACAAUUGCCCAAGCCAAUUCGCACCUAGCACACUUUUGUUCAAACACAGGACAUUCUUAUAUUUUAACUAUCCUUUGGGCCGCGGUAGCAAUUGUGAUGUGAAGAUGUUCUUGUGACACUGUAGUAUGUAUUGCAUCAAUAAAUUCCAUUAAUUUUGUUGUCAAAUGAGAGAUAUAUAGGCAUGAAUAAAGCAACUCUCUGUAAUAAUUUGAAGCUUUGAAUAUCGGAGUCCAUUUAACAUCACUUGCAUGUUAUGUGUAAGGCGUUUGAGUGGUCUAAAUUGGAUUUGGCAUUGGCUCAUCUUUUCGCAGUUCUGCUUCUCCAUAUGCAAAUCUUGCGACAUCUAAGCCUAGACAAAUGGAGUUACAAUUAAACUUCAAAUUCGAAUCAGUCGAUUCCAAAAUCAUUUGGCUGAUUAUUCAUUGAUAUAAACCUAAAGUUUUUACAUAAAAAGGAAGUAAAUCCAAACAAUUGGGAAUACAUUUAACAAGCUUACUUGAAAUUUACUCCAACUGAAGGCAUUAUAUAUAUGCAAAGUUAUAAGAAAAGGAUUGAAAAAAAGUGGAGAGUAAAGAAAGUAAAAUUCCCAAAGAAUCACAUUAGCACAACUCUCUUCCGGACAGAUGAUCCGACCCCGGCCAAAAUAAGGCGAAAAAAAAAAAAA